ACUCUUUCUUUACUUAUAAUUUUCAGUCAUUAUAAUCGAUUUACUAUCUCUACUGUUGCUUUUGCUUUUUUAAAAAAAAUUUUUAAUGGUUUUCUGCAUGAAAAGUACAUAUGGUUUACUGUGCAGUGUUUCACCUAAUUAGUUCCGAUUGAUGUUGCACAAAACUACUGGAACGAUCAUCUAGACAAUUCGAGCAAUGAAGCUGUUCUGUGAUUCUGCUAUUUGGGAUUGGGAUGCUUUCUGGAAUGCUGAUGCCCCAAACCUCACGAGCUGUUUUCGUCACUCCGUCUUGGUAGUUUUACCCUGUGCAUUCCUAUGGAUAGCCACCAGUUUUAAUUUUUGUCGAGAAGUAUUCUGCAGAUUGUAUAGUUUCCGUCCCAAGCCUGCAUCCAGCCCUUGGACACUGCUUACAACAGUCAAGUUGUUUCUAACCGCAGUGCUCGUUCUAUGCAGUGUAGCUGAGGCUAUUUAUCUUUUAUAUCAAGUCAGUCAUUCUACGAGAUACAUAGCGCAUGUCUAUUACGUGUCUGUUGGAUUUCGUACAUUCACAUUUAUCCUUGUUCUUUGUCUCCAGUAUAAACAGAAAAAAGAGGGAGAAUUGAAUUCUUAUACGUUAUCAUUGUUUUGGAUAUUGUUUAUGGCUUGUAAUUUUUUCACUUCACCGUUCUUCGAUGUUCUUAGGGGUAAAUUUGGAGAUAUAGCUGACUCUCAUACCUUUAUCUUUGGCGUCGUCACUUUCGUUAUACUGGCAGCGGAAGCGGUCCUCUCCUUGUUCACCGACCCUCAGUACAGCGCUUUUUGGGAUGCUGAAAAGGAUGAAUUUCUGGUGGAGCAUCAGCCGCUGCUAUCGAGAUUAUUUUUCAUCUGGUUGAACAGGAUAUUAUGGCACGGGUAUCGAAACGAGCUUGAGACGGAUAAACUUGAUGUCCUGGGACCGGAAAAGAGAGCAGAGUACGUCCAUCAGCGACUUCAGAAAUAUUGGACCCAAGAAGAAAAGAUAUGCAAAAAUUUGCAAGAAAAUAAAGCUGUCACGGCAAAGAUUGGUUGCAGUCGUGGACCUUCUCUCCUGAUUGCCAUAUUGAAAUCUUUAUGGCCGUAUCUAUUGGCUGCAGGCACGCUAGAGUUUUUGAACAACUUUGUCUCAUUGCUUCCACCUGUAAUAUUAGAUUACAUUAUCACAUUUAUUGGAAAUAACGAAGCUACGUGGCAUGGAUAUAUGUACGCUUUUCUGCUUUUCCUCACGGCCUGCUUUUCCACUUUGUCUUUUGUUCACAACCAAAACUUUGUUAUGACUGCUUCUCUCAUUCCGCGUGUUGGACUCAAUACCGCUAUUUACCAUAAGGUCCUAAAACUGAGCAAUAGUUCCAGACGCAACUACACCGUCGGAGAGUUGUGCAAUCUGGUUGGAACAGAUACUCAAAAGAUCUUUCAGCAGAUAUGGACGCUGAACUCAGUCUGGAGUUGUCCCAUGCGAAUCACCCUCAUCAUGAUCCUUCUUUGGCAAUACCUGGGAGUGGCCACCCUUGCUGGGGUGUUAGUCAUGCUGCUCAUCAUGCCCAUGACUACCAAAUUGGCUUCAAUGUCUCAUAAACUUCAGAAAAAACAAAUGAGGUGGAAAGAUUCAAGAUUAAGACAAAUGGGGGAAAUUCUGAACGGCAUAAAGGUUCUAAAGCUAUUUGCAUGGGAGACUGCAUUCAUGAGAAGCAUCAGUUCCGUUAGAGAGAAAGAAGCAGCCACACUCAGGAAGCUCGCUUUUAUAAAUGGAACCAUCACCUUCCUCUGGACAUGCGCUCCUUUUCUAGUAGCCAUCAGCUGCUUCGUGACUUUUGUACUGAUUGACGAAAAAAAUAUUUUGGAUCCUAGCACUGCUUUCGUAUCUCUUACUCUCUUUAACACACUUCGCACCAAUAUGGCUGCGAUUCCACAGUUGGUGACAGAAAUUGCUCAGAGUCGGGUCUCUUUCAAAAGAGUUACAGAUUUCCUUCUGAGCGAGGAGCUGCAAGGCAGAACGGCAGAAGCAGAUCUAAUGGAUGGAAAUACGAUAGAAAUAAAUGGAGGAACAUUUUGUUGGACAAAGGAAGAACCCCCGUUUCUGCGUGACAUCUGUCUGUCGGUGAGACAGGGCAGUUUGGUGGCCGUCGUGGGUCCUGUAGGUGCCGGAAAGAGUGCCCUGUUCUCAGCUAUUCUGGGAGAAAUGCAUGCCGCCAAAGGGACCGUGAAAAUAAUGAAAUGCUGUCGCCUGGCGUACGUUCCUCAGCAAGCUUGGAUCCAGAAUGCUACUCUUCGAAAAAACAUUCUCUUUGUGAAACCAAUGGAAAAAAAGAGGUAUGAUUUGACCCUCAGCUGGUGUUGUCUGAAACCAGAUCUCAAGAUUUUAACGGCAGGAGAUCUUACAGAAAUAGGAGAGAAGGGCGUUAAUUUAAGCGGUGGCCAGAAGCAGCGAGUCAGUUUAGCCAGGGCUGUGUACCAGGAUGCCGACAUUUACUUACUGGACGAUCCCCUCAGUGCAGUGGAUUCGCAUGUCGGAGCUCACAUUUUCAAACACGUUAUUGGACCCAAUGGAGCCCUGCGGGAAAAGACUAGAAUACUCGCAACUCACGACAUUUCAGUUUUGCAAGACGUGGAUAGAAUCUAUGUGUUGGCUGAAGGCAGAAUCUUAGAAUCAGGCAACUACUGUGAACUGAUGAAUCAGAAAGGAGAAUUUUCAAGGCUCAUUGAAGAAAAUCUAAAGAAACAGGUCGAAGAGGACGACGCAAAUAGUUCUCUAGAAACAAAUAAGAAUGAAGAUGAGACAGCAACACAGCUGUCGGUAGAUAACCUGAAGACGCGGAUGCAAAGGAUGGAAUCUCGUCUGUCCAGAUCUCUCUCCAGGACUGUAUCCAGGACUCUAUCUUCGGAAGAGAAGGAAAUGAAGAAUGCUCGAUUUAUUGAAAAUGAAAAGAUGGAAACGGGACGAGUCAAAGCCAGUGUCUUUUGGACCUACUUCCGGUACGCAACACUGCAUCUUACAUUCCUUUUCAUGCUGGGUUUUGCAUCCUUCAAGUGCUUCGAAAUCGGCUCCAAUGUUUGGUUGAGUCAGUGGAGCAGUGACGAGCCUUUGCCUGAUGGCUCACAGAACGUACCGCUUCGAAAUAUGAGAAUGGGAAUCUACGGAUUGUUGGGAUUCGGUCAAGGUUUGUCGACCCUUAUUGCAACUAUUAUCAUGGCUAUUGCUUCGACCCGUGCCUCUGUUCGUUUCCAUCAAGAUAUGCUUUGGAGUAUUAUGAGAUCCCCGAUGGCAUUCUUCGACACCACGCCAUUAGGGAGGAUAUUAAAUAGAUUCGGCAGAGACAUCGAUAUAGUCGAUGUUGCCAUCCCAGGAAGAUUACAAAAUGUCAUAAUGGUGGUCAUUGCAGCCAUUGGCUCAUUAAUUGUCAUCAGCACGACUCAUCCUGUUUUCAUAGUCAUCAUGAUACCUCUUUGCAUUGCUUACACUUUCGUUCAAAUAUUCUACAUGGCAACGUCCCGUCAAAUCCGAAGACUGCAUUCCACCACGAAAUCUCCUGUGCUAAGCUUCUUUUCAGAAACGGUGCAGGGACUGAGCACGAUUCGCGCUUUCGGAUCUCAGCAGGAGAUCGUCGAGAUACAGAACAAGAACAUUGAUACCAACAUUCGAGUAUUCGACACGGCCAUCAUGCUGAGCAGGUGGAUGGGGAUCCAUCUGCAGUUCAUUGGCAAUAUAGUUGUAUUCAUCACAGCUUUGCUUUCUGUGGCUCAAAGAACAUACAGUCCAGCAAUAGUUGGCUUAACUUUAUCUUACGCUUUAAGUGUGACGGAAAGUUUGUCGAACUUCGUGAGGCACUGGACUGCAAUGGAAACUCAGAUGAUAUCAGUUGAAAGGAUACAUGAAUAUUCUCAUUUGACACCAGAGGCAUCUUGGGAAACAGAACGCAGUCCAUUCGAUUUGAAGCACUGGCCAUCCAAAGGCUCUAUUACGUUUCGCAAUUACAAGAUGAGAUACAGAGUGGGCAUGGAACCUGUGCUCCGAGACAUUGACGUGGAAAUUUAUUCAGGCCAGAAGGUUGGAGUGGUUGGCAGAACGGGAGCUGGAAAAAGUUCUUUGGCUCUUGCACUGUUUCGUAUCGUUGAACCCGAAGACGGCACCGUUUUCAUAGAUGGCAUCGACACUUCGAAGAUUGGACUUCACGAGCUGCGUUCGAAAAUUACGAUUAUUCCUCAAGAUCCCGUUGUUUUCAGUGGAACUUUAAGAAUGAAUCUGGAUCCUUUAGAAGAACAUUCUGAUGAAGAUUUGUGGAGAGCGAUUGAACAGUCGCAUUUGAAAAGUUUUAUUCUUUCUCUGGAAGCUGGAUUGGAUUUUAAUCUCUCUGAAGGAGGUGAAAAUUUAAGUGUUGGUCAAAGACAACAAUUAUGUCUGGCUCGAGCUCUGCUGAAAAAAACGAAAAUUCUCGUCUUAGAUGAAGCAACAGCUGCAGUGGACUUGGAGACAGAUAAGUUGAUUCAAAACACAAUAAGGCAGACGUUUUGGGAUUGCACUGUUAUCACAAUUGCGCACAGACUUUACACGGUUUUGGAUUAUGACAGAAUCCUAGUUUUGGAGAAUGGCAACAUCAUGGAAGAUGGAAAGCCAGAUGAUUUGCUGAACAAUCAACAGUCUCGCUUCCAUCAGCUAGGCAGAGCAGCAGGUCUUUUGUGACGUGUGUACAAACAAUGAUUAUACGAUAAAGAGAACCCUAGUAGCACAUAUA